AUGUCGGUGCUCAACAAGAUCUUUGCUUCAGGCGAAAUGGCCGCUUCGCAGUAUGCUGCCGCUGCUAUACUCUUGAUCUUUGGAUGGCAGUUUACGACCAUCUUCUAUAACCUCUAUUUACAUCCGCUGCGCAAGUUCCCGGGGCCCGUCACCAGCAGGGCCUCGGGUAUACCUUGGGCAAUCCGCCACGCCACCGGUGUGCAAGCAUUUCACACUCAGCGAUUGCACGACAAAUAUGGCCCCGUCGUACGCAUCGGGCCCAACCACCUGUCCUUUACUGACCCCCGGGCCUGGAAGGAUAUUUACGGGCAUCGCGUUGGCGCCGAGUAUGCCAUGCAGGAAAUGCCCAAGGCCAAGACCUUUUACAAUGUGAUCAAGAAUAUUCCUAGUUCCAUUGUGAACACGGAUCGCGACGAGCACUCGUCCCUCCGUCGCGCACUGUCGCAUGGCUUUUCAGAUAGUUCCAUGCGAGAACAGGAGCCUCUGAUCCAGCGCUAUAUUGACCUCCUGAUCAAGAGGAUCCACGAGAAUUGUGAUGGUGGUCGGACGACUCUCAACCUCGAAGCCUGGUACAACUGGACCACAUUUGAUGUCGUGGGUGACCUUGUUUUUGGUCAAUCUUUUGGCUGUCUCGAGAAUGUAGACUAUCAUCCAUGGGUCGCCUUCAUAUUCAAAAGCGUACGCUUUGGUUCCGUGGCUGUGGCACUCACCUACGUGGGACUGAGCAGCUUAGUUCAAGCCAUGUUCAAGAUUAAUGCUUUUCUGGCCAUUAGCAAGAUAAAUGACAUGAUUAAUGGAUUCCUUCAAAAACGUCUCGAUACAAAAGGAGAACGGAACGACCUAUUUGAGGGCAUUGUGAAGCGGAAGGAAGAGUUGAACAUCUCCUUUGAGAAACUGUCCUCGAACGCAUUCAUUUUGACUCUGGCAGGAUCCGAGACGACUGCCACCACCUUGUCAGGCGCUACAUAUCUACUACUUACUCAUCCAACCAUUCUGCAAAAGCUCAUUGACGAAGUUCGUGGCAGUUUCAAUAGCGCCGACGAAAUCAACAUCAAUUCUGUCAACAAGCUCAGCUACAUGCUCGCGGUUCUGAACGAGUCACUUCGCCUUUAUCCACCCGUGACGUCGAGCUUGGCGCGAAUGGUUCCUGGAAAGGGGGCAGAUAUAGCCGGACAAUUUGUGCCUGCAGGCACGUAUGUAGAAAUUCAACAUUGGGCCAUGAAUCAUAGCAAGGAGAACUGGAGCCAUCCUUGGACCUUUGAUCCCGAGCGUUUCCGGGGCGAAUCCAAGGAGGCUUCAGAGGACAAGUUUGAGGCUCUCCAGCCUUUCAACGUGGGCCCACGCAAUUGCAUAGGGCGCAAUCUUGCCUAUGCUGAGAUGCGGCUCAUCCUCGCUCGUAUCAUUUUUGAUUUCGACCUAAAGCUCGCAGAAGACAGCAAGGAUUGGAUCGAGCGCCAGAAGGCGUUUCCUUUGUGGGACAGGAUACCCCUGAAUGUGUACCUGACUCCUCUUGACUCGAGGUGA